AUAUACUGUUCUCAUAUUUUAGCCACCGUAUCAGUAUGUCACCGAACUCGCCAAUACACUUCCUCCACCCACAGCCUCAGCCAAAGCAAUCCGCCACCAACAACCAUGGCCGUCCUCCAACACACCCCUAUCUCCCUCCAAUCCCCCAAAUCUCCAGUGUCCGCUAGAAUCCCAAGAACCUUAACCCACAGCCUCUCUUUCUCCACCGCAUUCCCAUCUCUAAGACUCAAACUGAGACUCUUUGUUUCUAAUGGUAAGGGUGGCGCCAGAAUGUCCUCCGCAGCCGCCGGAAGCUACGCCUUGGCUCUCGCCGACGUCUCGAAGUCCAAGAACACCCUCGACACGACCAGCGCAGACAUCGAGAAGAUUGAGAAGAUUUUCUCGGACCAGCAGGUGUACGAUUUCUUCGUCAACCCCACCAUCGACGAGGAGAAGAAGCGCAAGGUGAUCGACGAAAUAUCGGCGUCGUCGGGCCUCCAGCCCCACACGACCAACUUUCUCAACAUCCUGGUGGACGGCAAGAGGAUCGACCUGAUCCAGGAGAUCGUGAAGGAGUUCGAGGUGGUUUACAACAAGCUGACCGACACGGAGGUGGCGGUGGUGAGCUCAGUGGUGAAGCUGGAGUCGCAUCACUUGGCCCAGAUCGCAAAGCAGGUGCAGAAGCUGACUGGAGCCAAGAACGUGAGGAUCAAGACCCUGAUUGACCCGAGCUUGUUGGCCGGAUUCACCGUCAGGUAUGGGAAUGCUGGCUCCAAGCUGAUUGAUAUGAGCGUCAAGAAGCAUUUGGAAGAAAUUGCUGCUCAGCUUGAUGUGGGUGAUAUUAAAAUUAGUAUAUGAAUUUUUGUAUUUUAGAGUUAUUGGCUGUAAUCUACUUCCAAAUCAAUCCUUACACUCCUUUCUGCUUCUCAAUA